GCUUGACGCUGCUUAACUUCAGGGAUCGAACGAGAACCAGUGUUUUCAUCGUGAUAUGGCCGUAGAGUAAACUUCCAUUACAACUUAUAUUGCAGGAUGUCUUUGUAUAAACUGGUAACGUUCGACGCUACAAAUACAUUGAUUCGUGUGAUGGGCAGUGUAGGAUUACAAUAUGGCCGUGUUGCAAACCAACACGGCAUAUAUGCCAAUACAGAUGAAGUUAACAAAGCAUUCAAAACCGCAUGGAAACAGAUGAAUAAAGAUUAUCCUAACUAUGGCGUCAACCAGGGCCUAACUUCUCAGAAAUGGUGGACCGAGGUUAUGAAAAGUAGCUUACUGUCAGUGUGUGAUAAGAAGAGUACUGAUCCAGAGGUAUUGUCUAAAGUUGCUAACGAUAUCUACACAUUUUUUGCUUCGAACCGAGGAUGGGAAGUGAUUCCAGGUUCUGAAGAAGGUCUGGCACUCUUGAAAGAUAAAGGUUUGAAACUUGGCAUAGUUUCCAAUUUUGACAAUCGCCUUCCCAAAAUUCUAACUGAUCUUGGUAUAGCAAAUUAUUUUAACUUUAUUCUUUGUUCUUCGGUAGAAAAAGUAGCUAAACCUGACGCUGACAUUUUUAAAAAAGCUUUACAUCUUGGUAACACGAAAGCUGAGGAAACCAUUCAUGUAGGUGACGAUCUUACAAACGACUACCUAGGGGCUAAAAAUGCUGGGCUCAGACCAAUCUUUUUCCAGAACAAUCCAGACAUUCCACUACCUGAUGAGGUUUCUGAAGAUUCAGUCAUUUCUAAUAUGCAAGAUAUCAUUAAAUUGCUGUAAAUAAUCAUGGCUUGCCUUGAUUGAGCAGACCUAUAAUCAAAGUUCCAAUCAUGACCAUCCCGUCAUUUUUAGAAUGCAUCUACUGCAACUGCAUUAUCCAACAGUACAGUGUCAUUUGAGAGAAAUUAGGCUCUCAUUUCUGAGAAGUCAAGCGACCACGUAGAAGCCCUCUAAUAUUCUGGGGUAGUUGUAGUAGGGAUAUACUUCGUUGUGGUAAUGUUCUGGGGUGUCGGUCGAAAACGGUUGUUCUCAUCCGAGGUCCAUAUGACCCUUAACAUUUCAUGUAAGAUUUCGUUUUUAAAAUUUAUGUGCAAUAAAUUGCUUAUACUGCUACUAUACAUAAAAUAUUCUAACAACCUAUUUUUUUAUAUAUACAAUUCAUAAUAUUUAAUUAAUAAAAAUAUAGCAUU